AUGAUGGCCUCCAAAAAAUCAUCCGAGCCCAGCGAGCAUCCGGCCUCGAAGCUGUCGCCGCUCUACCAGUCGCGAGAAACAGGCGAAAUAGUACCAGAGGCGCGUCCGCAGGAUCUAUCGAAAGCUGCAGCGGCUUCGCCCUUCGCGAAGUCAUGGGCUCACAUGGUAGCUGGAGCAGUUGCUGGCAUGACGGCCGCGACGCUGACUGCACCUCUCGAUGUUCUCAAGACUCGUCUUCAAUCCGACUUCUACCAGGCGCAACUCCGAGCGGCUCGAGCCGCCCAUGCCAACGUCGCCAUGAACCCUCUCCGAGCUGGUGUAUAUCAUCUUACGGAGACGCUACAGAUUCUAGCUUCGGUUCAGAAGAUUGAGGGCACACGAGCUCUCUUCAAAGGCUUGGGACCCAACCUUGUUGGAGUCGUGCCUGCGCGCUCAAUCAACUUCUACACAUAUGGCAAUGGCAAACGGCUGAUUGCGCAUUACCUGAACAAUGGCGAGGAGGCCGCAUGGGUGCAUCUGUCGGCUGGCGUUGCUGCGGGCGUAGUGACAUCGACAGUGACCAACCCCAUCUGGCUGGUCAAGACCAGACUACAGCUGGACAAGAACGUGGCGGCACAAAGCGGCGGCGCUGCGGUGCGGCAGUACAAGAACAGUUUGGACUGCGUGCGCCAGGUUAUGCGUGAUGAAGGCAUACGAGGCCUGUAUAAGGGCAUGAGUGCGAGCUAUCUGGGUGUGGCAGAGUCGACAUUGCAGUGGAUGCUUUACGAGCAGAUGAAGAAGUCUCUAAGGUUGCGAGAAGAACGAAUAAUCCUCAGCGGGAGAGAGAAGACCUGGUGGGAUCAUACUGUGGACUGGACAGGGAAGUUCGGGGCAGCUGGCAGCGCGAAGCUCGUUGCUGCAGUCCUGGCCUACCCACAUGAGGUCGCUCGUACCCGUUUGCGGCAGGCACCCCUUGCUGAUGGGCGUCUGAAAUACACCGGCUUGAUCCAAUGCUUCAAGCUGGUCUGGAAAGAAGAGGGCAUGCUUGGCCUUUAUGGAGGACUGACACCCCAUUUGCUGCGAACCGUGCCCAGUGCAGCCAUCAUGUUUGGCAUGUACGAGGGAAUUUUACGACUCUUCGAUGCGCCAGCUUAA